CUAAAUCUGUGCUAUUGGUCCGCCGACUUCGACGCCGAUAAGAGCAGUUUGUACUCGAAGUGCAAGUAGAUAGGUCGUCGCUGGUCGCUUAUCGCUCGUCCGCCCCAUGCUUUGGAUAUAACUUUACUUAAGCGGAGCAAUUCGGAAUGCGAAAAAAGUUUCGGAAAACAAAAGUUCAAAGCAAAUAAAAAAAGUUCAAGCCGGGGCUUUAAGGCCAGCUCAUCUCAUUUGUCGAGCGGAAAUAAGUGUUAAUUGAAAAAAAUAAUCAGCUGCAAAAGAUGGCCAAAGCCUGCAUGCUGCAACUCACGGAUUAUUGUCAAAACACCCAGUCGGAGUUACCUACAAAUGAAAGUGGCAACAGCAACAGCAACAGCAGCAGCAGCAGCAGUGGCUGUAGAGAACCGUCCAAAACAAGUGGCUUCUUCUACAGCGCCAGCACACAUUACCACAGCAAAGUGCAGCAGCUGAUCAGCUUCAGCUUCAUCUCAACGUUCCACCUGCUCUGCAUCACCUGCAUUCUGGGCAUCAGCAAGUUCUGCAAUGCGGCGGCGAUAAAUGCCGCCCAUGUCAGCGCUGCCACGCCCACUGCCAGCGAGAUAAUGCAAAAUCUGACCGGAUCGGCGCUGCUGGAGCGUCUGAAAGCCAGUACUCUGGUGCCCACCCUCGAUCAGCUGAAGCACUUGGCUCCUGCGGCAGCCAACAGCAUUAGUCCUGGGACAGGAUCUGGCAUGGGAAUAGGAAACGGAAUCGGAAUGGGCCACUUUGGCAGCUCCAUCAACUCGGUGCUGAACGGAAAUCCCUUAAAGUUCCUGAAUGUGUCGGGCAAAAUCGGCACUCCUUUGGAUAUAUCGCUCGGUCUGACCAACUACUGCGAUGAGAAGCAGUUCCAGUGCUCCACCGGCGAAUGUAUCCCCAUACGGUUCAUGUGCGAUGGCUUCUCGGAUUGCCCGGACCACAGCGAUGAGCGGCUGGAGGAGUGCAAGUUCACAGAAUCGACUUGCAGCCAGGACCAAUUCCGGUGUGGCAACGGAAAGUGCAUUACAAACAGAUGGGUCUGCGAUCGGGAAAACGACUGCGCCGAUGGAAGCGACGAAGCGAUGUCCCUGUGCCUGGGCCUUUGUGCCUAUACCAUGGUGAUGUGUAAUAAUGGUGAGCAAUGUGUACACCGGGAAUUCAUGUGCGAUGGCGACGAGGACUGUCGCGACGGAUCCGACGAGUGGAAUUGUGGCAGAAGCUUAACAUGCUCGCCCGAGCAGUUUGCCUGCAAGUCGGGCGAGGGCGAGUGCAUUCCCUUGUCCUGGAUGUGCGAUCAGGCCAAAGAUUGUCGCGAUGGAAGCGAUGAGGCGCAGUGCAAUAUGACGUGUCGCUCCGACGAGUUCACCUGCGGCAAUGGACGCUGCAUCCAGAACCGCUUCAAGUGCGACGAUGACGACGACUGCGGCGACGGAUCGGAUGAGAAGAACUGCGGGGACAAGCUCAAGUGCCAAGCCCAUGAGUUCACUUGCAAUAGUGGCAUGUGCAUUCCCAAUCAAUGGGUUUGCGAUGGAGAAGCAGACUGCAGGAAUGGCGAGGAUGAGAUGCAUAACUGCACCGUCGAUAAAUUUAACUUCUGCCAAAGUCAUGAGUUCCAGUGCUCGGAUAGGAUCACCUGCCUGGAAAAAUCCUGGGUUUGCGAUGGCGACCCAGACUGUCCCGAUGGCGAGGACGAGUUGCCCCCUAACUGCGUUAAAUUGGCCUGUCGUCCGGAUCAGUUCCAGUGCGACGAUCACACCUGCAUCUCCGGCUUUCUGACCUGCAACGGAGACAGGGACUGUGCGGAUGGCAGUGAUGAGAAAGACUGCAACAUCGCUGCGGCGCCGAAGACUUGCAAUGCCACCAGCGAAUUCGACUGCGGCGGUGGCCUGUGCAUCGCGAAUGCCAAAGUAUGCGAUCGCAGGAAGGACUGUCCGAAUGGCGAGGACGAGCCGGCUGGAAAGUGUGGCAUCAACGAGUGUUCGCUGAAGAAUGGCGGCUGCAUGCACAGGUGUGUGAAUCUGGAGGUGGGCUACCGCUGCGAGUGCAACGAGGGCUACAAGCUGGAUGCCGAUCAACACACCUGUGUGGACAUCGAUGAGUGCCAGACUCCUGGCAUUUGCUCCCAGGUAUGUGUCAACGAGAUCGGAGCCUUCAAGUGCGAGUGCGAGGCGGGCUACAUGAGAAUACUGAAGAAUCACACCAGGUGCAAGGCCGGCGAGGGACAUGCCUCGCUGCUUUUGGCCCGGCGACAUGACAUCCGGAAAAUAGCACUGGAUCGACCGGAAAUGACCUCCAUAGUGAAUAGUACAAAGUCAGCCACCGCUCUCGAUUUUGUGUUCCGCACGGGAAUGAUCUUCUGGAGCGAUGUGACCACUCAGAAAAUCUACAAGGCGCCCAUUGAUGAGGGUAAUGACAAAACGGUGGUGCUGACAAAGUCAUCGGUGACCUCGGAUGGCCUGGCUGUGGACUGGAUCUACAACCAUGUCUACUUCACGGACACCCACAAGUGCACCAUCGAGCUGACCAACUUCGAGGGCAGCAUGGGCAAGGUGCUGGUGAAGGACUCCCUGGACAUUCCGCGCUCCAUUGCCUUGGAUCCCAUCGAGGGCUGGAUGUACUGGUCCGACUGGGGCGCCUCUCCCCGCAUCGAAAGGGCGGGCAUGGAUGGCUCCCACCGCACUGCCAUCAUCACCUACGAUGUUAAGUGGCCAAACGGCAUCACAUUGGACCUGGUUCAAAAGCGCCUGUACUGGGUGGAUGGCAAGUUGAACACCAUCUCGUCGGCGAAUUACGAUGGCUCGCAAAGGCAGCAGGUUCUCUACUCCACCGACUAUCUGAAACAUCCCUUCUCGAUCACCACCUUCGAGGACUACGUCUACUGGACCGACUGGGACAAGCAGGCCGUCUUCAAGGCGAACAAGUUCAACGGAUUGGAUGUGGAGCCCGUCACAGCGACGCAUAUGGUGGAACAUCCCAUGGUGGUGCACGUGUACCAUCCGUAUCGCCAACCAGACGGCGUCAACCACUGCCAGUCGGUCAAUGGCCACUGCUCCCAUCUCUGCCUGCCAGCUCCCAGGAUUACCGAGCGGAGUCCUCGCAUAUCCUGCGCCUGUCCGACGGGCCUAAAACUGAUGCCCGAUGGGCUGAUGUGCGUCGAAGAUCUGCGUAUCCCAAUUGUGCAUCCCACUGCACCGAUGCACCGGACUAUCGUACAGUUGUCCAACUCAACCACGAAACUACCUCAAGAUGGGUACAGUGAAACGCCGGAAAGUACUGGCAGCAAUAGCACAGAGCCAUCUCACGAGGUCCACAAACCUGAUACGAAAUCAGAAAAUAAUUACGGACAAAUAGCCUUGAUUGUGAUAGCCAGUUUAGCGGCCAACGCCUUGCUGGGAUGGGUCAUCUUCUUCGAGUACCGACGCUGCACCCGCGCCGGCAACUCGAUGAACUUCGAGAAUCCCGUCUACCACAAGACCACGGAGGACCACUUCAGUCUGGAGAAGAAUGUGAAGCCACACAUGUACGCCGCUGCCGUGGAGGAGGAGGUAAGCGGGUCGGCCCCACCGAUGGCCACGAAUCCUAACGACUUUAGCUAUGUCAGGUUCUAGGAGGUGUGCUAGGCAGCUAGUUGCUAAGUUAAUGUUGUACAUAGGUGGUUUAAGUGGUCGUAUCAUAGUUGUAUCUAGUGUUAAGUGAGUUGAUGCAAAUAAGUUAGGCAUAAGUCCCGCAAUUGUUGUGAACGUAGCCAAGUUUUCCAAUUUGUAAUCCACUUUAAACAAUUCGUUUUUCCCCCAAUUACUUUAAUCUGAAAUGCCGCGAGUGAAACGAAACCGCAGUCCCAAUUUAGAUAUUAAAAAUGGUAAGUUGUGGCUAUGAAAUCCAUAUAGGAACAUUAUUGGCGUAUUGUAUUACAUAAUUACUGUCUCGUGUGCACAAUUUAAUUAUCAUUUUAUUGGCCUUUAAUUUAAUUUCAUUUACCGUCGAUUUGAGCAUGGUGGCCCGCUUUGAAAUGCCUGCUCUUUGAAUAUUCUGCCCGUGGGUCUCGCUAAUUGCAGAGCUGCAAAUGCAAUCAAAAUAUGCAUAUCAAUUGGCCAAUUAACUAAAAGGCCAAUUAAAUGGCGUCAGUGGAGCGUCAAAAUGUCCCACAGCCCGACAGCUGGCCAACUAAAAUAUAAAGCGACUCAAUUUGGCAGGACAUUUUAGUGAAAUGUUUCAAUUAAAUUAGCGUUUUUUGUGUUCACCUUGACGCAUUUUUGCAGCUGCUUCGCUGCCAAUUUUAAUUAAAGCGGUUAAUUAAUAAAUAAAAAUAAGACAAAUCCAAGCGGAAACCGACAACAAUGCAUAACAAUAAUUACGCAAAAUUAAACAAAAUGGCAUUAAGAGAGAUUUUCUGUGUGCCUGGCCACCUA